AUGGCUCGUGGUGGCAAAAACACCAUCCCUACCUCAUCCAAUUCUUCCGCUACUAACGCCACUCCUUCCUCUACUCCUAUGGAGGAUUCUGCAAGUCCUUACUACCUUCAGAAUGGUGAUCAUUCUGGUCUUAUUCUGGUUACCCACUCCCUUAGUGGUCCCAAUUUUAACUCCUGGAAUCGAGUAAUGCUUAUUGCUCUUACUACCAAUAACAAAGUGUGUUUCGUUGAUGGCAGCCUUCUUCGACCUGAAGCUUCUGAACUUUUAUUUGCAGCUUGGAACCAAUGCAACUCUAUGGUAACAUCAUGGCUUCUCAAUUCUGUCUCAAAAGAGAUUGUUGAUAGCCUUAUGUAUUUUUCCACAGCAUAUGAUUUAUGGGAGGAUCUUCGUGUGAGAUUUCAUCAAGCCAACGGACCACGAAUAUUUCAAUUAAAGCAGCAAAUCUCUUCGUUGCAUCAGGGGAGUCUUGAUGUCAACACUUAUUACACAAAGCUGAAAAUUCUCUGGGAUGAACUCCAAGAUUAUUCUCCUAAUUUCAAUUGCACUUGCGGUGCUUUCGUAUUUAUCAAUCUCCCAACAACAAGAUUAUGCAAUGCAAUUUUUAAUGGGGUUAAAUGA